CCUUGAACGUCGUUAACGUGCGCGCAGGCGCACUGCAUCCGCUCCUAAUGAUAAUUAAACGGGGCUGUUGCGUGCGGCGGCAACCGUCGGAGCUGCGCCGCUGCUAGCUGCGACAGGGCGAAAGGAAGAGCCUCGGCGGAGAGCGUCGCCUGCUGCGAGCGCGGCGUACGAAGAGUGAAGCGGCGCGGCAGCAGCAGCAAACGCCGGGCGCUGUCGUCGGAGGCGGCGUCGUUUGAGUGCGGCGCUCGCGCGGUCUCUCUUGCUGCUCGUGUGUGUGUGCGCGCGUGAGUGCGCCAAUGGCCGCCGACGCUCCUGCUUCUUGCCUGUGACUAUCGUCGACGUCGUAGGGUGGUGGUGGCGUCGGAGGCGAGGCCAAGCGACUGCGGCGCCGCCCUGGUGCUCACUGUGGGCGACGUCGCCGAGCCGCCGCGGCGAUCCAAUAUGGAGCUGGUGCGGCGGUCCAAGAAUUUCAGCGUCGCCGAAAGCGAUGCGCUCAUCACGCUGUGGAGUGACCCGGAGACGCAGAAGAAGUUCGACUCGGCCUACCGGCACUCGGUCAUCUGGGAGAUGAUUGCCAACAAGCUGCGCAUGCACGGAUACGAGCGCUCCUCCAUCGACUGCAAGACGAAGAUUAACAACCUCAAGGCGACGUACUUCAAGUUUCGCAGGAUCUACAGCGCCGGCUACCCGGUGGAAUGGCCCCACUGGCAGAAGCUGCAUGCCAUCCUGGGCAAGAGGCCCGUGCCCCACUCGUGGAACAACUAUUACGACGACGAGCGCACAUCGGAGAGCAGAAUCAGCCGAACUGAAAAUGGGAGCAUGCACUACGAUGAACCGGAGAUUGAGUUCCCAGAGUUCCGUGCCGGUGACUUGCAGUUCCAGAACUUGCAACCGAUCAAUAGGCUUCCUAUCGCACCAAAGAGAGAGCCCAUCGAAGACAUCACCCUAGAGCCUGAAGUCAGCAUAUGCUACGAUAAUGACAAAUGCAACAACAAGCGCAAGUCGCGAGAUGAUCCCGAUGAAGAAUGCGAUCAGGAUCCACGGAAGAAGCGCAAGGAGGACGAGUUGGAGCUCCUGCGAAGAAUCUUGAAGGUGGAGGAGGAGACACUCGAGUUGGAGAAAAAGCGGGCUCAGGAAGAGGCCGAGAUCAUGAAAGCUACAAUGAACUUCCUCGAGGCUGCCACCAGCUUUAUGCAGCGCGAGAGAGCAGAAAGGCCCCGUGCAGCGCAAGCAACGCAAGGCCCUUCUUCAGCUCGGCCCCAGACGUCAUCGGGCUCUUCCUACUGCAACGGCGUUGGUGGCUUGCCCGUUGUGGGUGCGCCACUCUACACUACACAGCCGUCCUUCUACUCCUCGUCUCCCGUAGACUCGCCUGGCAAGAAUGACCCAUGAGUUGAAAGGGCAUGGCACCGCUCCCAGGGGUGACAAAAAGUAGGCGGCAGUUUUUACAUCGUAAAAUGAGAUAAAAGACUGCGGAGCAGCGUCAGCUUUCUGGCCGCUCAAUUCUACCAGCCGCGAGAUGCGCCGAGGAUGAGGGAUAUCUGUGAGAGUGCCCUACUCACUCGCCCCCCACCGAAGGCUCCAACGAACAGUGCUGAAGGAGGCGUGUGUGGAAAGAUGGUGAUGAAGGGUUACAGGUCUCCAGUUAUCACCGGUUCUUCUAUAACCACCACCACAACAUAUACAUGGUCGAAGAGGGCUUGCGUCGAUCUUGUACAGUGACUCUCGCAUUUCAGGGACACAUGGACAGUCUCUUGAGAUGCCUUCCAGUCAUACCCAUGUGGCCACUGCGGGAAGCAGGGCCAAGUCUGUGCUGCAAUGGUCAGGCGAAGCAAAUAUGGCAGCUUGUGCGUUGACCCAUCGAGUCGUGGAUGACUGCACAUUGUGUGCAACAACGCGUGCUCUGCCUUCCUAUUUGUUUGUUUGUUUGUGAUGUAUGUUUUUGAUGACAACUAAGGCAUUCAUUUGUGUCUCGUUUGCCGAAUCAGUCUGCUGGAUUACCAGUAAGAGCGUUGAAUAGUUCCUGAGUAUGCACAUUAUCCUAUGGAUAUUGCUUCGCUGUGACCAUCGUGAUGUGACCAUGUCAAACUGGAGAGGUUGUCAGUAUGAUGAAAGUGGGUGGUAACGUCUAGCGUAACUGUACUAUGAACAUGGGUUACUCUCUCUCAAUUGUGCAAUGCUGACAGAACUCUCCUGACAGAAACUCUUUAAUUAAAAUGGUGAUAUUUCCACUUCAAUUGUGCCACUAUGUAAGCAUGGAGUUCACUAAACAUGAGCAGUGCAAUUUUUGUAAUAAUUUAUUUGCAGCUGCCAGUUCAGCCCCGAUUUCAUGAAAAAACGGCUAUGGGAAUGCAGUAUUUUAUCAUUUAAAAGGCAUUGGUUGUUGAAUGCUUCUCAAAUGUUCCUCAUUUUGUUAAAGAAGCAGUUAAAUUUCGAAUAACACUUUGCCAUUCCCAUGCAAUUCAAUUGUUAUAUUGAAUGAACAUAUGAACUCUUGCUCCAGGAAGAAUGAAUCGACACUAGAAGAUUUUGCUUGUGAAGUCACUAUUCCGCCUUCAGUUAUGAAAGCCUUUGAGUAUGAUAUGAAAAGGAAAACUGAAAGUGCCCUCCCUUAAAAACGAGCUAAGGAUAUAGGAACAUGCACAGUUUAUUCAUGCAGCCAAUUUUUUUCAGCCUCAUAAAUAUAUUAUUUCAUUGAUUUUGCUUGUCGGAAAAUGAGUUCCAUACUAGUGGUCUUAUUUUCACCAUUAGUGCUUCGAGAAGUGGCAACCAAUGUUUGAAAAGUGUGACAUUUUUGUGGAUGCAUAAAUGAGCGUACAGCUUUCAGCUUUCAUCUCUUUAUGAUCACUCUUGAUUUGUAAAUUUCAAACGUAAGUAAUAUUUUGGAGAUUGGUGAAAUAUUAGCAACAUUCAUGAAAUUUAAGGCAUACCAUUAAGCGUAGACUGUACAUCAAAUGCACCCUGUAGAGGACACUUUUAAAAGUGAAUGUUUGUUUUUUUUAACUUCGGGAAAUACACCUCAUUUCAAUACAUUUAAUUUUACAGGAACUUCUAUAGAUUCUGCUGAAAAAAUGAGUAAUGUUACCACAUAAACCCGUUUCCGUAUGCUGUAUUGACACCUUUUGACAGACUGUUUGGUCUCCUGCUGAAUCUAGUGUUUCUUGAGAGACAGUAACUGCCACAAGGAGAUGCUGAACAUGUACAUUUUAAUCUGGAGUGAGAACUUGUGUAUCUAUUGGGUAGAUAAAUAUGCAGCAUGAUUUAAUUGAUUUCCACAAACAGUUCGUUGUGAUUUUGAGAAGACAUGCGUGAGAGAAGCUUUUGAGCAAUGAUUCAAUGUUGUUAGGACUGCCAAACUCUUAAGCAAUGUCUUGUAUAAGCCACUUGCUGCACACCAAUCUCAGUGGCUGGCGCUAGGUGUUGUAGGACUCUGGGAGACCGUGGAAAGACUGCCUUGAGUGUGUGGUAGCUUAUCUUACAGCCAGUAAUUUAUAUUGGGCAUGUCUGCUUCCUAACAGGAAGCACAAUGGGAUUCUAUUUCAGUCCGCCACUCUAGCAUACAAUGAGAAGUUUGGAGGUGGGGCGUUUCUUUCCUGAUGCUCUCAGAAUAAACAUUAUAUAUAUAAAUAGCUAUACAUGCAGUAAAUACUUAUAGACGAUGAUGUUAUGUGUCUGCUUUAGCUGGUUUUAGGCAAUGCUUUUUUCCCCGUGAUUGCUAUCUGUAGCUUGCUGCUUCAGUGGCAGGCUGCAGUGGUCUGUAUCAAAAUAUGCUGUUGCCAUUGUUGUAGAAUGCUGUUGACAUUGUGUGAAAGAAUGACAUUGAAAAGUGAAGCCCCUGAGCAGGCACUCUGAGUCAGUCUAUUGCCAAGCUACCAAAUGUCUUCUUGAGAAAGCCUGUUGACCACAUGCUGCCUAAUAUGCAAAACAUAUUUCGGUGCAAGAAAUCUGCACGCAAUAUUGCUGCCGUUUCAACAGUUGCAUGAAAUUUGACAAUUUGUUCCGUGAAAAGGAGUUUGUAUUACAUGUUUCGUGCUUGUCAGCGUUUAACAGCAAGGUCCAGCUUUAGCCUAUGUGAAGAUGCCCCAUUAAUAUUAGUGUAGAAUUUGCUGCCACAACAAGAUAUAGGUUUUGAAAGUGGAAACAAAGUACCGGUUAUCUGUAGUUCUCUUACUAGUUAUCAUUGUCGCAUCAGGUUUUUCUUUCUUUUAUAUUCGCAGUUCGGAAGCCCACUUUAACUUCUUUUGUCUGGUGGCUUUACGGUCAGCACAAGCCUAAGAAUGUUUUCAUCUACCUUUGGGGGCAUCUAUGUUCGAUGCUAACAGUUGUGUAUGCAUGCUGGUAAAUGUUUUUAAGGCAUUGCAAUGAAAAGCAACAUUGCAUUGCAUUUGAAAUUUUUUGAAAGUAGUAUCUCGGAAUAAAACGUGAAAUCAGAUAUGUGGUUGCAAAGGCUUGCAGUAUGUUAACAGGAUGUGUAAAUAUUUAUUAGAGAUGUAAUGUGCCAGAAAAGUUCACAGUUAAGAACGGCAAUUUCUUCCGAUCUUCAUUCAUGACAAAGCGUUUUGGAGUCUGUAUAACCAACUAUUUCUUCUGCCCCUGUGAACAAUUUAUGUGGUUUGAAAGUUGCGUAGUGUCCAGUGGUCGCCUCCAAGUCUGCCCAUGCUAUUCUUGAAAAACCCUGCUUGCGUCAUUGGGCACUAGACGAACUUGCACUUGCGCACACACCUGUAUUGCUUGUUUUAUGCUUCCAAUAAGUAAACAAAGUUCUCUUUGCAA